UUGUACAGUUAUGUGCAGUGGAGUAAAGAAUGGCUUCAAAUUCAAAACAAAAUGGAUUUUUGCGUAAAUAUAUCCUUUCUUCGGCUGCUGCUACUUUUGCGGAAACAGUAACAUUUCCAUUGGAUAUUACGAAAACGCGUUUACAGAUCCAAGGAGAAAGAGCCUCAAUGGUGUCUUCAAAUGGCCAUACUGUGGCAUAUAGGGGAAUGGUUCAGACAGCCAUUGGCAUAGUACGAGAAGAGGGAUUGUUGAGACUAUGGAAUGGCAUUACUCCUGCAGUCAUGAGACAUAUUGUUUACACAGGUUCCAGAAUGACAGUAUAUGAGUUUUUACGCAACAAAGUUUUAAAACGCAAUACAGAUGGAUUAUUUCCCAUUUGGAAGUCUGUUAUAAGUGGCAUGACUGCUGGAGCUGUUGGCCAGUUCAUAUCCAGCCCAACAGAUUUAGUCAAAGUCCAAAUGCAAAUGGAAGGAAGGCGUGUUCUUGUUGAGAAAAGAAAGCCAAGAGUACGCAGCACACUACAUGCAUUUCGAAACAUUAUCAAGCACCAUGGGCUCAAAGGCUUGUGGAAAGGGUGGUUUCCUAAUGUACAACGAGCAGCUCUGGUUAAUAUGGGAGAUCUGACAACGUAUGAUACCGUUAAACACAACAUUCUCAAACAUACCAACAUGAAGGAUGAUUGGGUGUUACACACAGUCUCGAGUGUGUGUUCGGGAUUUGUAGCAUCUAUCAUCAGUACUCCUGCAGAUGUCGUUAAAACUAGAAUAAUGAACAAUCCAUCAGAAUAUCGAGGGUCUAUAGACUGCUUUAAACGGGCUGUUAAGCAAGAGGGAUUUUUUUCUUUAUACAAGGGAUGGCUACCUACUUGGUCAAGAAUGGCGCCUUGGUCACUUACAUUCUGGCUGACGUACGAACAAAUAAGAAAGCUUUCGGGAGCAUCGGGAUUUUAAUGCACAAUAUUGAAAAAUAGAGGUUUUUCACUUGAUGACUUCAAGGACUACARGCCACGAGAAUAAUUGACCUUAAACCUUGAAUGAUUAGGGGAUUUACGGGGAUUUCUAUUUUUGAGGACUGACUGGGAACACRCAUGUCUAAUGAUGAUUAAAAACAUUCUUGUUAGUCAGAAGAGUUAAAUUUCUAAAAUUAUAGGGGGAACGAUUUAAACUAGAAAUGAUUUACUUAAUCUCACUUAAAGUGAAGCAAUCUAAAUGUAUAUUUCUUUUCUUUUCGCGCCAACGGGCUACUUGUACAAAGCGUUUCAAACGAAAAAUAAAAAUUUAAUAAGAUUCAUAAAGUCAGACACAAUCUCUCACUCCUCCAAAUUUAUAAGAAAUAAACRGCAAGAAAUAAAGCCUCGUUGUCAUAUAACUAAGUAAAACUCAUGGCCAAGUGUUUUCUAGUUUCCAGAAGGGAUGUCCUUCAAUCUCCUGGAGCGAUUAU